GGCUAUGUACAGUAAACGUCCGUGUAGUUGAAGAAUGGAGGCAGACGUGUAAUUGUACACUGGACGAGUACACGGCUAGGCUUGCUAUCCAUGUAGUUUAGCUAUUGAGCACACACAGAGCCUUAUUCUUUCUCAGUGUAGUACUUGCAUUGUUGAGAAUUUAGCUUGUCAAGUGAAGUUGGAUUUUCUGUCUUCCAAUAGAAGUUCUUUUUCUUGUUCUGAUGUUGCUUAUUUAUUGUCAUUUCUAGCUGAAUGAGAAUGAAGAGUUUUGUCUGGGAACACUUUGACAAAGUUGGCAUCAACAGAGCAACUCGAAAAACAGUAAGAUGCAGACUUUGCAGGACCGAGCUGGCAUACCAUAACUCAACAGGGAGCAUGAUUAACCACAUGCUCCAUAAGCAUCCAGGACGGGUACCAGGCUCUAGUUCAUCCUCGGCUGGUGCUCGUGAGGAUGGUGGUGGGAAGGCCCCUCGCAAGGACUUCUAUCAUCAGGAGAGCAGUGGCCCUCCACAAGAAUCUCCUGUGCCGGUGACCAUGCCUGAACCAGUGACCAUGCCUGGAACGACCAACCUGCCUUCUAAGGCCAAGAUUAAGAUGAGGAGUUAUGUGUGGAAUCACUUUGACAAAGUCGGUUGCAGAACCACGCGAUGCCGACACUGCCAGGUUGAGCUUGCAUACCAUGCAUCGACGGGGAGCAUGAUCAAUCACCUCCAACUUAAGCAUCCAUCGACCAAUCCUGAUCCAAGCACAACUCCUGGUCUAACUCCUCGAAGGUCCCAUCAGGAUCAGUUCAAAGCCUUCCUCACCUCCAACACUAAAAGCGAAAGCUGCAGCCCAGAACGGGCGAUGGGAAUAACUAGGCACAUUACAACCAUGAUCGCGGAUGUCAACUUGCCUGUGAGCUUCGUCGAAGAGCCGUCCUUCCAAGAACUCCUCAAGUACAUAGAACCGGGAUACUCACUUCCUAAUCAGAGCUCCAUAACGGUGCACCUGCAACUAAUGUACAAUGCCAAGAAGGCAACUGCGAUAACAGAGAUCGCAAACUCCACUUCAUUUGCUAUUUCAACCGACUGCUGGGCUUCAGGGAUGCAAGAGUAUUUGACACUUACAGGGCACUACGUCGAUGAAGAAUGGCAGUACAAAGCGGUAGUCCUCGAUACCUCACCCCUGGCCAUUGAUGAUAUCAAUGAUGACAACAGCACUGAGGACCCCGCCGAUCGCAUAAAAGCUAUUCUUGUAGAUCAUCUUAAGCGAGUUCUUGAAGAAUGGGACCUGGGGCUGGGGGACAAGGUAUCUGCCAUCGUCAACGACAACUCGCCCAACAUCACUGACAUCGGAAGAGAUGCCGUGGAUGCCUUCGAUGUCGGAUGUGCAGCCUGUCUGCUCCACGAAGCUGUGAAUCACGGGAUCCAGAGUCACGAGGAAAUAUUGAACCUCGUUGCAGCUGCCAAUCGACUCGUUAGCUACUUCCAUCACAGCAUCGAUGCGACAGACACUCUCAGAAAGGAGCAAGAAUUCAUGGACCAAGAGCUGAAGGGGUUGGUUUCAUCUGUAUCAUCACACUGGGUGUCAAUCCUUAAUAUGCUCGAAAGACUGACAGAAGUUCGAGGGCCGCUUCUAAGAGUUCUGAGUAACCAGAAAAUCAUGGAUCAAGAAGAGGAAAUCAAGAUUGACCUGACUGAAGACCAAUGGGCUCUUGUGGAUCUUGUCAUACACUGCCUGAAGCCACUUAAGGUUGCAACAAUCGUCCUGUCUUCAAAAGAAAAUGUUGCCUCAUCCAUUACUCUACCCAUUGUCUUUGGCCUCCUCCAUAACCACCUAGUGAAGAAAGAGGGAGAAGGAGAUGCCAUAGUUAGGUUCAAGAAUGAGAUGAGAAAUCAAAUCGAGAGUCGGUUCCUCCAACCCGGUUUCCAGGCAGGUGUGGCAGCUAUGGCAGCAGCCGUUGAUCCGAGGUACAAGAAUCUCAAGUUCCUGUCGCACGAUGACCGGGAAGUGGUGUGGGCCGAGAUACGCAAGCACCUUGAGACACUUCAGAGAGCUCAUGAGGAAGCCAAAGCAGGUAAAGCGGACCAGGAUAGCAGCUCUGACCAGGAACCUUCCGCCGAUUCUGUUCUGGAUUUCCUGAUGGGCACAGCUGCCGAACCAGCUCGACGUCAGAAUUCCGCGGUAGACGAAUUCGAGGAGUUCCUCGCGCAGAAACAGGAACCCCGUAACACGAACCCUCUCACGUGGUGGCGUGCCAACAGUGGUCGUUUUCCAAUUCUCCAAAAUCUAGCCAAGAUAUACUUGGGUGUCCCUGCAACAGCAGUGCCUCCGGAAAGGGUCUUUUCCCCGUCUGGCAACGUUGUAACAGCAAAGCGAAGUUGCCUGUCGCCCGAGAAUGUGAACAUGCUCGUCUUCUUGAGUCAGAAUAAAUAGGGACUUGACAGCUCAACUUGAAAACGAAACAAACUAUUCACAUGUGCUCCAUCAAAUGAAGAAGCUGUCAAACAUUUCUUGCAACUCUAUUAAUAACAUGAGUGACUGAACCGAUUCUUUGCACUACGUUCAUUUAAUCAAUUAUUAAAUGAAAGAAAGUAUUGUGUGAUCCAUCGCUCUAAGAAUUGAAAACAUUUCACAUGAAAUAUAAUAAAAUAUACCAAUAAAUCAAUUUUCUUUUGUAAUGUUUUUAUAGAAACUAGGGAUAUUGAUUUCAGCCACUGUAUAAAGCUUACAUGUAGCAAUUGAUCAUGGCUGUGGAGCUGAUGAUUCUACAAUUGUUUGCAACGAUUACUGUAGAUGAUCAAGUUACGUAAAGAUCAGUCUCACAAUCAAUUGCUCUAGAGGCUUCAAUGUUUACAAGUAAUCAGACUGAAAUUAAGGAGAAUAGGAAGUAAUGUGAUUUCAACUGAGCAGGCAUCUAAAAUCUUUAGAAUUACCUCUGUAACAGGACAUACUGAGAAGGCCUGUAUGAUUUCAUCAAUUGGUUGUUACUUUUCAGUUUUGAAACAGAUGGUUUAAUGUUCUAUCAAUCUGGUUAUCCUCCAUAUUGUUUUACGAAGAAAUUUAAAGAAGAAACCAGAAACUUAUGGAACUUGUUGAGGGGAAAAACCCUCCUAAAAGAAGGCCUUCAGCACGGGGUAGUGCACAUGUUCCCUCAUCUACACUAAAUAGUGAAAUUUUAAAGAAAAAUAACACUCACUUUGAGUAAAAUUUCAAAGAAGUUCACAAUUUUUUUCUGUCAUGUACCUGUAUUCACAGUUAUGGCUGAAAUAGGAGGUUUUAUUUUUGUUUCAAAGUUCAUUUUCGGUUUAAGAAUUUAUGAAUGAGAAUUAUUACUUUGACGUCUAUUCUACAUGUUGUAGGCCCAUACAGAACUGGUUUACAUUUAAAUUUAUGGAUGGUUAUCUUCCGUUGAAGCCGAGCAACAUUGUUUAUUCUUUAUUUUUUUGCCAUACUGAAGCAAUUGCUGACUUUUGGUGGCUGUUUCUCUUAUUUCAAAGGC